GGCACUGGUCGAUGCAAACGGUUGCAGUUGCGCGAAGGCCUCGACGAAGUCAAAAGCUGCCAGCAAGCUGCGGGCCCGGCGGUUUUACAAGAGAACUGCGGGGGGAGGUGCCGCGUCGUCGUCACCUCCUGACGUCGGAUGCGAUAGCGACACGACCAGCAAUUGUACAAAUACAACGUCACAGUCGUUCGGCGGAGCAGAGGCCGAUGUCAGUUCUAGUGGCCGCGCAAGCGGCCCUAGCGGGGACGAGGAGGAGCUGGUGCCGCAGGAGGUGCGUGCUGCUCUUCAGCAUGUUCAAAAUUCUGUCGAUGACGGUCGUGAAGAGAAACAACAUCGAGACUUUCCCGCUGGCCAACAGGUUCAGGAACAGGAGUCUCAACCUUGUUCACAGCCAGGAGCGACUGCCGACUCAUCUCGAAGAGCCCCGUACCUGGGGGACCAAAACCACGAUGGAGCUCCCGUCGAGUCUCCACAACCGCGUCCGCUGAAUCAUGCCUUGCUGGCAGGUCUGAACCUCGAACCACCUCGCUCCCGCGGCGAAUCUUUUAUUUCGCAGGGGACGUCGAAGGCGAACGCAAACCCUCGAGAUGUUGAACGCGGCCCUCGCUUGGUGACGCGGACUUCUUCAUCUGCGACAAAAAUCAAGGACGCGACCACAUCACCUUUUGCAGAGGCAGGUCAUGCUGAUCCUGAUCUUCAAGUUCAUCCUAACCCAAUUAGGUGCAAGCCAAAUGGUGCAGCAACAACUCCGAGCCCGAGUUUGCAAGCGUCCUCUUCGCGGUGGUCAGGAAUGUUCUCAAAAGUAGACUCUUCGUCGAAGUUGACCAGCGCCGGCGCCAGCUUUCUCGAAGAGGACAAUCGGCCCUUCACCGUCAUCUCACCCCCACCGCUUCUUGCGGGACAGAGCUUCUGCGGCAGUACCCCCGCGACACCCGGAGGGGGGUCGUGCUGGGCUGGCACGCCGGGACGGAGCUUCUGCCAAGAAGAUCCAAGCCGGAGCCCGGGUGGCGGAGGCGGGCCGGGCUCGGGUAGCACACCAGACGCUGCACGACGCAGCCCCACGUUGCAUCAUCAUUUCGAAGGACGGGCGGGACUACGACCACGCGGAGGACCUCUAGUCCUUUCGACGCCCGCGUCUCGUCGGGGAAGCAAGGCUGAUACAACUUCAACUUGUGGCUCUGGUGCCGGAGUACUCGGAGCCAGCACACCUUUAGCAGAUCAUGAAGUUGCUGACAGUGACAGCUGCUGGCGUGCGGAAACGGAAAGGGGGAAACAAGAAAAACAGAAUGAACUUCUGCAACAAGAAGUGAAUAAGAAAGGAGGAACAUCAUCACCAACAACAAUUAGGAAUCCGAUGCCGCAGCGACGUUAUUCUUAUUUCGACGCCGGUGUGCCUGCGCGCAGUCCGUUUUUGUCCACGAGCGGCCGAGUUGAAGCAACAAGUCCGAAUCUGGAUACCGCCGUCGAAGAUCCUCUAAGUCUCGGGCUCCUUCCACUUCCUCCAGCUGCCUGCGAUGAUCUAGGUUUAGGUUUUGAUCUAGCAUCAGCGUGUGAAAAUGGACAUUUUAGGCAGGGGGAGGAAAACCAGGAUGGGCAACGUCCUCAUGAUCCAAGGCCGCGACGUGGUCUUGGCGAACAGGUGCUGGGCCAUGGUCUUCAUCUUCCUGCAGGGUUUGGAGUGAGCCAGAAACCACCACCGCCAGAAGGACCUCCAAGGACGAGAUCCAAAAGUAGUAGUUCUCGCACGGUGAGCGACGCGUUGCUUUCCCUGGUCCUCUCGACGUCCACGUCUCGUUCCUCGGAAAAGCGAGAAACGGCGCAACCGCCGCAAGCAGAUCCAACACGAGCGCCGGGGUCGUGCACCGGGGCUGCAGCUUGUCCUGCUCCUCCAGAGGAUCAUCGCGCUAAACCCCCAGAUGUCUUUGUGGAGUACUCAUCUCCUUCGUGCCAGCGCUGCGAGGCGGAGGACCAUGCGACCUCCAAAUGCGUCUGUGGUGCAAGAGCGUCGAGUAGCUUACCGAUACAAACAUCCGGGGGCUGCGCGGCGCCGUCCUCGGAAGAGCCAGAAGACAAUCAAUCGUGGAGGCGCGUCCGCACCUUCAGUGACUUCGACACCAUGUUGACAAAUCCUGAGAAGGUGAUUGUGACGGGCGAUGUGAACGACCUACGUGGAAGGGAAGAAAAUGUAAAUGAAAACCGCAACCAGAGCGAAGAAGAUCUGGGCGCCCGGCCAGGUGCAGACGAUCGCUUGCUGGAAGUAGACCAGAGGCUCGCACGGGCCCCCUUCACUUUCGCCGCCCCAGCAGAUGACACCACCUUGUCGCACGAGCAGGGUGCUGUUGAGCGGGCGGGUCUGGGUCCACAUCGUCCUGGUGGUCAAGAUGAUUUUGUUCUUGACGAGCAUCAACAUUUUUUGGGCAGCACUGACAACUACAUCAGUGACAUCUACAGCAUUUCUCCUGCCGAUCAGCACCAUCGAGCCGCCGGUGCUCCUGCUGCGUCGGCGGCAGCUCCUGCUGUGUGCUCUACUUCGGCAUCAGCGGACCAGGACGAUAUUCUUCAGCCCGAUUACGCGGGUCGGCGCGAUUCGGGCAGCAGCAGCGAUCAGGGGUCGAUGCACACCGUGGCCACGAACUGCUCGUCUUUGCGAACCGUUACGACGGUGGAAAACGAAGGCUGGCGCUGGGCGUGCACCACAGAUAGAACUAAGCCCCAAGAUGAGCAUCCUGUUCCGCAGCAAGAAGCCGCACGAGCACCACCUGCUUUAGCAGCUACAUGCUCAACAAAUGGAUACGCACAUACUCAUACGCCGACUCGGGACGAUUUUGACAACCUGUUUUGCGAUCAUACCCGCGACUAUCCAAUUUCACUCUCAUGAUCUACCUCAAUUUGCAUUUGCAUAAAAAAGAAAACAUUACUGACGAAGAAAGUAGAGCCCUCAUCGUGAUCUGCAUAUCAACAUGAUGUGGAAGUGCGCCUGCGCGACUAGUACGAGCAAAUGAAAAUGAGCUUGAUAGAUCAUACCAAUUUUAUUCACUAUAGAGACUACUCUAGGUACCGACCCCCAAUACCAGCUGAAGAAACACAGUCAAGGCCUUCUUGUCUGCUAACACAGGGGCACGAAGACAGACGAGAGCGCCGGCCACACGAACAAUCUACCGCGCCAGGAGGUUUUUUCCCCGGUGCAGCUGGUGGUGGACGAGAGGACACAGCAGGGGAUGGCGGUGGAUCUUCCACCUCCUCAUCUAGUGAGGAUACUGCUUCCGGCGCAUCGUCCAAUGAAGAUACUGACGUGAUGCAUUAUGAAGUCGAUGAAGAUGCGACGAGGACGAACGCAGCGGAUCAUCAACAUUCACCUGAAGAUCAUGAACAUCACAUGGACGACCACGACGAGGAUCUUUAUGGAGUUUCUGGGCCUGGAAUAGGAAUGGAGGUCGAACAGGACGAGCCCGGUAGUUCAUCUCGGGGAACAAGUUCGCCUUUUCUCUACACAGAUUCAGAGGGCAAACUGGCGAUGAAUUGGGGUGGUGGAGGGCAGAGAGGGCAACGCAUGCGCGGGAAUAAAGUCGCGUCUUCCUCUUCUUCUGGGGACCAUUCAACAUAUAUACAGCAGCAAGGCUUGUUUUAUCAUCAGACCACGGAGAACUAUGCCGCCAACAGUAGCUCCCUCCCGGCCUCACCGCCGACCGCGAGCAGCCCAGAUGAGCGGGAUAUGAUGAUGGCUUUAGUGUCUGCAGCAUCAUCAAUGAAGAAGAAGAACAAGAAAACAAGGCGACUGUUGCGGCGAAGCCCGAAUCUCCGGGCUGAGGAAUUUUUCACGGAAAAGCAAGAUCGCCAAGGACGUAGAGCUAGUAGAGGCACUGGAUAUAAUCGAGGCCGAGGGCAAGGAAAAACCUCUAUGGGAAGCGCAGCCGGCGCGUCGCCAAGCGCAGCUGAGUGUGAAGAUGUAGUUGCAGGGACAUCAAGACGACCAGCUCUAGCACGACCUCCCCCCGUCCAGCCGCACACCACGAUUAGCCUUAACGGAGAUUCGCAUGAUCUUGGUCAUGUUCAUCCGCAUGACUCCGCUUCCGAAAGUGAGCCGGCGCUGGUGAAGAAUCUUCACCCGUCGAGCAGGACCAACCGAGAAGCCGCGUCGGCUGCAUCAAGUUCAAGUGCGCCGGUGGAUCAACAUCUUCUGGGACGAGGAGGUGGUGCGCACCUUCUAGACGGCGAUGAUUCUUUACCUUUCCUGCCGCACCAGGGGCUGGUCAGUCUGGAUCAGCGGGCACCUUCUCAACAACAAGAACAUGAUCUCUCUUGUUCUAACAACAUGCCACUUUUACUACCGCAGUCUCACCUAUUGCUGGCCAGCUGUUUUCAAAACCGAUCCACCGCGUGCUGGCGUCUGCUCGCCACAGCCAGUGCAGGCUGUCUGCCAGUUCCGGCUGCGUGCGCCACAGCUAAUGGGGGACCACGUCGAGGACGGGAUAGUAGUACUGGUCCAGCAGGAGCAGCCUCGGCCGCGUCUCCCAGACCUCACCGAAGAAGCGUGCGAUGUCCGCAGGACGAUCGAGAACGUCGCACCUCCGAAGGCUGCAGCAAACAAGGUGCAAAGAUGAUGAAUUCACAAUCUGAGCCUGGCGACGCAAAUUACAGCAGCGAUAUUGAUAUUGACUAAGACGAAGGGCGGCUCAUGGUUUGCGACCGAAACCUAAUAAUCGCACUUCUACAACCUCGAGUGCUUCUUUCGAAGUCUACUUUGUCUUUCUAUGUAAAAAGCACCCAUAAUUGGCAUUGGACGUGCAGCGAUUUUUCCGAAUUUCCCUCGGAUAUUUUUUCAUGCAUUCUUUUACAUUAGGUUAUAGGUCUAGUUUCGACUAUUUCUACCGUUGGCGACAGCCUUUGUUUUAAUACCUUAUUCUCAUCCUUUUCCUUUUACGAGUAACUAACUCGCUUGCCCUAAAAAGCUGCGAGCACACAAUUGAAUUUCUACGAAGACAAGCAAUUUGUAGUUUCGUCGAGAAUCGCGAUGAGUUUCUUUGCGGAGAAGUGAGGAAAAAACUCGUCACGUCGGAGCUCACAGCUUUACUGCUCUUGCGAAGAAGCAAUAGAAGUUCCCGUCGUGGUGUCGCGGUCAGUGGUCGAUCGAGAUUGCCGCGCCGGUUGGACGCGUUGCGCAGGAGCUGCUUCUGCCUUUCGGAGAACGCUUGCUCGCCAAAGGAACGCAAUGCUUCUCCUGAGGUACAGGUCCAUCAAUUUUUGUCACUGUAGCCUCCACCGUGUAAAGUUUCUUGACAAAAUCGAAGCACGGUUCCUCUUCUUGGAAGAUAACGAGAACGAGUUUUUUACCAAAGAUUUUUUUCCCGCAACUACUUGAUUAUGAUUGUAUGAAAUAGAUCUAACGAGAAACAUGACAAGGAAGUUGAUGUUGCUCGAUCAGCGUACGACCUAGCCAUGCUCUUAUUUUUCUACUUGGUAAGUAUGACAAAAUAAAUUACGUGUGCCUCCUGUACGUGUACGUCAGUGCAGGCUUUGAUUCCAAAAUCGGGAUCCUCUUGUUGAAUGAUCUACCUUGGUGAGACACGCCACAUAAGAAAAAAAACUAAGCCUAAAGCUGUACAAUAUGACUAUCGGCACACCAAGCAAAAAAUAGAAUGCGAAUGGAAAUGAUACACAGCGUACGACAGUCACGAGGAACCUAUAACCAAGAACAGAACUAAAACUCAAACUAUGUAUUAAUAUCACUGUAACGGAUCAUAUGGUGUCAAUCAAGAAUUUUUUUUUGAAGGAACGUGCAGGGUCCUAGCAGUAAACAUGUCUGACAUUGACCGUGUUUCUUUGGUUCUGCAGCUAGUGCUAACAUUGUCGAUACCACCAAGAACUACUAGCAGAAAACGAAGCGCCGCGCCGCUCUUUAUAUACUCAGUGUAACACAAGAUCAAAAGUACUAAGGGUUAUGGUUCUAGCAUUCCGAAUAGGAAUGCCAUAGAUUGAUACAUGAUAGGUAGUUCUGGCUUUUUUUUGGCCUCUAAUGCUAGAAGGUAGAGACCCUAAAAGAUCGAGUUUUCCACUUCCUCUCGUAUAGCUAUAUAAUCUUUCCGGAAUGUUGUGAAUACACAUGUGAAGUUGUAAAGCUCGCCUCACGCUCAGUCGCACGCACGGUGCUGGUAGGGAGUCAGAGUUUAGUUUUGUUGGAGGAAGUACCGAUUAUAAGACGGAGACGGACCACCAGUGGUGCUAAUUUUACGCAGUAACAAGGUUAGAAGGAGGGUGGGCGGUGAAAGCAAUCACCUACACCUCUUAACUCAACCUCGUCUUUCCUUUACCAGUCCGCUGCACAAAGAGAAAAUAUUUGAUGGAGAAGUCGACUCUUUCCUUUUCCAACAACAUGCGUUUUCCAAUGCUGAUUCGUCUUCUUCCAUAACUCUAUCAUGAAUGUCGUGAAUCAAUCUUACUAGCUGCCACCGUGUGUAUCAUGAUUGUAUUCAAAGCUUAACAAGCACGAGGAAGUCACCACCAUUUCCAGCAGCAAUAUGCGUGAAUGUGGUUGUGUAUGAUAAAAAGAAACGGCCGGGCCACUUGAGCUUGAUGUGGGCUUACUUGUCACGAGGAGGUCACAAGCUUGGGAACAAGACUUGUUCCAUAUUUAUUCGCAAAUGCGAAGGGAAGGCGAGGCGCAUUGGGCACCUCAGACUAUUUGGAAAAUAGAUAUUUAUAUAGUAUAUUUAGUGCGCGACAGUAAGCGAUGUGCGACGCUGCAGUGAGAAACCCUCGAGAUGCAGCUUGAACGAACUCGAGCCCAAACCUCCGCACGCCCCCCCCUAGUGCAGGAUAAAUGAUGAUGAUGA